AUGAAAGGUGAAAAGAACAGGCUGUCUGUGACCUCGCCGCCGAUUCUGUCUGUGGUUCCGUCGCGUGCGCUCGUCGAUGAGACGUUCAAGGUGCAGGUGAAGAAUCUGCCAGCGGGGCUUCCAGUCACGCUUCACUCGCUCUACCGGUCCGAGCAAAAAGACGACUGGGAGGCUUAUGGUCACUAUGUCAGCGACCACACGGGAACCGUGUCCGUUCCAGAUGAUUUGAGUUUUGGAGGAACAUACGGAAAAGAAACCACAGGUUUACUGUGGAGCAUGUGUCCUGUCCCAGGCAGCCCUGAAGGGCUCAGGUUGAGGGUGAUGAACGUCUGCAGCCCCAUGCUGGUCAACAUCUCAGUCUACAGAGGACAUGUUGUCGAGGGUUUCAGAGAUCAGGAUCCUCUGGCUUCAGUGGUCACAGAGAGAUGGUACAUGGCACCAGGGGUCCAGAGGAUUGAGAUCAGAGAGGAAGAACUGUGAGGGACUUUAUUUAUACCUCCAGGUCCAGGUCCCUUCCCUGGUUUGUUGGAUAUGUGGGGAGGUGGUGGAGGGCUGGUGGAGUACCGCGCCUCCCUGCUGGCAUCUCAUGGUUUUGUCACUUUGACACUGGAUUAUUAUACCCCCAAAGGAGCAGAUACAAGAAAUACAAAUCUGCCUUUAAUGUCAUCAAGGACCAUCCCAAAGUCAUCCAGGACCCAGCUGGAAUUGUUGGUCAUUGCCUUGGAGCGGCGGUGA